GGAACCCUACGCCGCCGCCCUUCUGCUUCCGGCGGCGGCUCCGUGCGCCAUGGCGCUCUUCGAGCAGAUGCGGGCUAACGUGGGCAAACUGCUGCGGGGCAUCGACCGGUACAACCCGGAGAACCUGGCCACGCUGGAGCGCUACGUGGAGACGCAGGCCAAGGAGAACGCCUAUGACCUGGAGGCCAACCUGGCUGUGCUGAAGCUGUACCAGUUCAAUCCCGCCUUCUUCCAGACCACUGUCACGGCCCAGAUCCUGCUUAAGGAGACCAACCUCCCCCACACAGACUUUACUCUCUGCAAAUGUAUGAUUGACCAAGCUCAUCAGGAAGAGAGGCCCAUCAGGCAGAUCCUCUACCUGGGCGAGCUCCUGGAGACCUGCCACUUCCAGUCUUUCUGGCAAGCCCUGGAUGAGAACAUGGAGCUCCUGGAUGGGAUCACUGGCUUCGAGGACUCUGUGAGGAAAUUCAUCUGCCACGUGGUGGGGAUCACGUACCAGCACAUUGACCGCUGGCUGCUGGCUGAAAUGCUGGGAGAUCUCUCGGACUCCCAGUUAAAAGUCUGGAUGAGCAAAUACGGCUGGACGGAGACGGAGCCCGGGAAGAUCUUCAUCUGCAACCAGGAGGAGAGCAUCAAACCCAAGAACAUCGUGGAGAAGAUUGACUUUGACAGCGUCUCCAGCAUCAUGGCGUCAUCCCUCUGAGCCCUGCACGCCUGCUGCCCCGCUGCUCCUGGGACACCGUCGCAAACUGUUUUAACGAUUCCUCCUUUUAAUCCUUGUCUCGACCAGUAAAAGAGACACCUCGA